UGUCCAACCCGUCUUAGGACUGACGACCUUAUGAUGAUGAUGUUAGCAUCUUCAUUAACAGUUAACAGUUUCGUCGACAAAUGUUCAGCAAUAUACGAGAUUUUAUCUCAGGCAAGUGAUGUGUUAUCCUGCCAUUUUAACGAGUUUUUAUUGUCUAAUUAGCGAGUUGUCAACGCCGAUGUGCUUUGCAUUGUUCAAUAGUCGUCAGUUAACGCGGCCUUCGAAAUGAUAAUCCGGAAAUAACGCAAAAAAUUCCGCAGCAAUACGAACAGGUAAGCUCUUAACUAUCGGCCGCAUCGUCCGUCGUGUUGUUGGUUGUCGCCGACCAAUAAAACAACGACAAUUAAAUUUUGUUGCGCACGGUUGACUUGACUUCCUUGUCGUUAAUUCAAUAGCGAUCGCCCUGGGGCUACGAAAGGCAUGCGCCCGCUGCUAAAAACAGUUUUAUUAAUGUGCGAACUACGCGCAUUUCCUGCUUAAACUCGCACCAGUUGCGGUCGGUCCCACGAUUCUGCGCAAUUCAAUUGGCUAAAGUUAAGUAAGACUUUGAUGCGCUUAACCAAUCGGAAUGGCUCGUGGGAUGUUUGGGGGGCGAGGUUAAGUCGGUUAAGUACCGAGGAGUACUGUCACGUAGCGCCCUCGCAGGCCGUUUCAGGAAGCACCGAGAUGCUCCGGAAGAUACAGGUGAACUGAUGGAUCAGUACCUGUGCGACUCAUCUAUCUGAAAUGUUCCGUGUGCUUUAAAGUCGGUAUGCCGCGGUUUUCGCUUAAACUCGUCGCUGAAGGAAGAUGAACCAACUAUGCAAGGUGUGCGGAGAGCCGGCGGCGGGCUUCCACUUUGGUGCCUUCACCUGUGAGGGCUGCAAGUCGUUCUUCGGAAGAACUUACAACAAUCUGGGCUCGAUCUCUGAAUGCAAGAACAACGGUCAAUGUGUCAUAAACAAAAAGAACAGGACAGCAUGCAAGGCGUGUCGAUUAAGGAAGUGUCUUUUAGUUGGAAUGUCGAAAAGUGGAUCGCGUUACGGGCGGCGUUCCAACUGGUUCAAGAUCCACUGUCUCCUGCAGGAACAACAGCAACUGGGAUCAAAUAUGGGAACGGCACCCGCCUUAUUCCGGUCGCAUCCCUACGUCCCUUUUUUCCGGACUCCAUCCACUUUGAGCGAGGCCAAAAGUUCGGAGUCGGAUAGCGGAGCUUCAUCCGUAGAUUUAGAAGAAGAUGCCAAGUCAAUGAGUAUCCUGAGUUGUCCCAGGACAGCAUCCUCGCCAGCCAGUGACACCUCGUCCAAAAAACUACCUUCUCCGGCUAGCGACAACGAUUGCAGCUUCGGUCGAAACCUGGGAAGUCUUUUCAAUAAUCCCGCAUCUCUAACUCCAAUCAGUUCCAUAUCAUCAAACGGAUUUUUUCCGCCAUGGUUGAAUCCGUUUGCCAGAGUCGGAGAUCCCGCUUCGUGGAAGGACCUCUGGCUUCAGAGUUCCGUAGAAAUAUCUACAAGUCGAAAUGUACAAGAGCAACCCAUAGAUUUGUCCUUGAGACGACUCAAGGACGAAGUGGAUGUAAAACAAACGGACGGUAUGGUUAAAGUGAACAUCGAUGUCGAUGUGGGAGUCGAUGGGGCAGUAAAACAAGCGCCUCUAGACCUGACGCUCGGUGCCAGUAGACAAACGGAUGUUUUGUCAAAUUGAAUCUUUUUGUUGUUGUUACGCGAAAGCGUAGGUUGUGAUUUUCCGAUCGUCGAAUCAGGUUAGUAAAAUGAAUGAAUUUUAUUUUUUGUUCCUUUAGUAGUUGGGAUUUGGGCAGAGAAUAUGCCGCAAAAACUCUUAAAGUACCUGAGAGUUAUCACAUUAUACAGCGUCUCAGCUAAGCAAUACUAGUUUACAAACAAACCACGACUAACUAAUAGAAAAUGUUGAAUAUUUAUUCCUUAAAAUUUGUACAUCAUAUCAAUCUUGAAUUUGGCAUUAUCAGUCUUGAAGUUGGCAUUAUCAAUAUGGAAUUUGGUAUUAUCAAUAUUGAACUUGGAUUUAUCUCUAUGGAACUUGGCAUUGUCAAUGUUGAACUUGGCAUGAUAAAUCAUGAAUUUGGCAUUAGCAAUCAUGAAUUUAGCAAUAUAAAUCUUAAAUUUGGUAUUAUCAAUUUUGAAUUUAGCAUUAUCAAUCUUGAAUUUGUCAUAGAUGGUCGAACAAA